ACAUAGUGUAACCGUCGUGAGCAGUUGAUAUAACUAUGUUUCUUUUAAUUGCGGUCUGCGCGUUUUGCAUCAAUAUUUCACAUGGGAUUAAUGAAGCUGAACUAUUGAAACGGUUUGAGGAUAUGGAAAAUAGAGAGAUGGACCUACGGAGACAGCUGCAGACUCAGGCGGAGGAAAUGGAAAGCAUGCGGGCAACAGUAGCAGAUCAGCAACAAAAGAUAACUAAGCUGGAGUUAGCCUGCCUGGCUAAAGAUUUCCAGACGAGCAUCAUUGACGAUCGUGGUCAAUACGAUCCAACUGUCGACGAAAGCAAUCUUGUCAAACAAGUACUUCCUGAUGAGAUGGCCAACAUUGAACACCGGUCGCAAAAGCGUUUGGUAUUCUCCCAACCGGAAAUGCCCGUAGCGUUUUCCGCUUUCAAGAAUGCUGACCUUGGCAGUGUCAACGCAAACCAGAACAUCGUUUUCGACAGUAUUCUGAUUAACGAAGGCAACGGAUACCAUUCCAACCAUGGACUAUUUAUCGCUCCUCAAAGCGGAAUCUACUUCUUUACAAUUACUUUGCUACAUCCCAACCAACCAAACCCAGUUCACGCUGAAGUAAUCCACAAUGGAAAUGUUAUUGCCCGCCUGCACAGCGAGAGUAAGCAGUACGAGCAGACCUCCCAAUCACUCAUUGUUAACGUAAACACUGGCGAGGAGAUCUUUGUUGUAAAUAGGGACUAUAACAAUGAGGUUUAUAUCACAGGGUUGUAUUCCUCGUUUUCAGGCUUUCUAAUAUGGGCGUCUUAGAAUUUUUUCUAAGCUUUUCAACUUGUUCCGUUUACGUUGUAUAAACUUUCGUAGCUGAACCACCACUUUUAAGGCUUCCAAUUCUGACAUUUUUAAAUAUCUGCUCAAGCUUUUACACUGUUUUCUGAACCUACGUUGAAUAAAUCUUCGCAACAACUA